UCCUGCCCGCUCUGGGCUGCUCCUCGCUCGGUGGGCGGUCCGCUAAUCUGUCGGGCUUCACCGCGGACCGUGACUCUCACAUGCUGACCGACCGAGCGCUCAGAGCGCGCAGAGAGAGAGCAGCCGGACCGAGGCUCGUUAGUCGGGGUAGCGCUGGUUAGGAGGGACCGCGGUUCGGGUGUUCGGGGAGUUCUGGUUCUGUAGGAGAGUCAGAGCAGCAGAGAUGACGCUGUAUGUUGAAGGUGUGAGCAAGUGGGUGCCAGACAGUUCCAUGGCUCAGUUUCAGGAAGUGAUGCGGCAGCAGCUGGAGAGCUCCAUGCUCGUGGAGCUGGAGAAGCUGGUGGGCACGGCCAAAGCGGGCGACGCUGAGAUUUGUAAGAAGGAUUUUGAAGGAUUUAAGAAGCUGUUCCACAGGUUCCUGCAGGUAAAGGGUCCCUCAGUGGAAUGGCCCAAAAUCAACAGACCCCCAGAGGACUCGAUCCAGCCGUACGAGAAGAUCCAUGAGAGGGGUUUGCCGGAGAACGUGGCGGACAGUCUAAACAAGCUGGUGGUGGUGAAGCUGAACGGAGGUCUGGGCACCAGCAUGGGCUGCAAAGGGCCGAAGAGUCUCAUCAGCGUCCGAAACGAAAACACUUUCCUGGACCUCACUGUCCAGCAGAUUGAGCACUUGAAUAAGACGUACAACACUGACGUCCCUCUGGUCCUGAUGAACUCCUUCAACACAGACGAGGACACCCGCAAGAUCCUGCAGAAAUAUGCACACCACCGCGUCAAGAUCCACACCUUCAACCAGAGCAGGUAUCCAAGGAUCAAUAAAGAGUCUCUGCUCCCUGUGGCGAAGGACAUGGGCAUGGUCGGAGAAAGUGCUGAUGGCUGGUACCCCCCCGGCCACGGGGACAUCUACGCCAGCUUCUACAACUCAGGCCUGCUGGAGCAGCUGAUCGCAGAGGGCAAGGAGUACAUCUUUGUGUCCAACAUUGAUAACCUGGGUGCUACGGUGGACCUGCACAUCCUCAACCACCUGGUCAGCCAACCCAACGGUAAACGCUGCGAGUUCGUCAUGGAGGUAACGGACAAGACCCGAGCUGACGUGAAGGGAGGUACUCUGAUCCAGUACGAGGGCAAGCUGAGGUUACUGGAGAUCGCCCAGGUGCCCAAAGCUCACGUAGAUGAGUUCAAAUCCGUCUCCAAGUUCAAAAUCUUCAACACCAACAACCUGUGGAUCAGUCUGGCCGCCAUCAAGAGGCUGCAGGAGCAGAACGCCAUGGACAUGGAGAUCAUAGUGAAUCCUAAGACUCUUAAUGGUGGUCUGAACGUCAUCCAGCUGGAGACGGCUGUGGGAGCUGCCAUCAAAUGCUUUGACAACGCUCUGGGCAUCAAUGUCCCCCGCAGCCGCUUCCUGCCCGUCAAAACCACCUCCGACCUCCUGCUGGUCAUGUCCAACCUGUACAGCCUGGAGGCGGGGUCUCUCACUAUGAGCGAGAAGAGGGAGUUCCCCACCACACCCCACGUCAAACUGGGCAGCUCCUUCACCAAGGUUCAGGAGUAUCUGACCCGCUUUGAGAGCAUUCCGGACAUGCUGGAGCUGGACCACCUGACCGUGUCCGGAGAUGUGACGUUUGGGAAACAAGUCUCACUGAAGGGAACGGUUAUUAUUAUAGCCAAUCACGGAGACCGGAUCGACAUCCCGGCCGGCUCCAUGCUGGAGAACAAAAUCGUCUCUGGAAACCUGCGCAUCCUGGACCAUUGAUGUCAUGUGACCUGGGCACGAGACCACACAACUCCUCCUCCUCCUCGUCCUCACCUGCCCACCUCCUCACCUGCCCUCCAACUCACCACAGGCCCACAAACGGACAGUGCCAGCAACACAACUCCUCACAAUUCCAGACUUUUAUUUUUGUAAAAUUCCAGCUCUUUUAAUGUCUAUUUUUUGUAACAUUCCAUUUUCGGGAUCAGUAUGAAAGCAGAAGAAGUAUGGAAGUUCCUGUACCGCCAGAACUCUGCACCAACUCACACCGUCAUCUGUUUGUUGUUGUUGUUGUUGUUUUUGAACUUUAGAGAAGUUCAGUGUUUCCUGUUGCAGUGCUGCGAGUAGCGACGUUCCGAGUGGUGCCGAGCGUGACCUGAAUCUCCCUCAGCGGCGUUAAAAUGUGAAGAGAAAGGCAAUAAGCUUUUGACCACGUUAACAGUUCCAGCAGUGAGUUCCAGAAGCCACUGUGGAUUCUGGACCCGUAAGUGGAACGAAAUAAAGUGCAAUACUGAACAAACAAGAAA